AUGGGGGUCGAGAAGGUAGCAGAGAUGUUGGGAGAGUUGAGCACGGAAAGCGAGCGCGAGCAGAAGGUGACGCCGUGGGACGUGGCGGGGGCCGUGGACGAGAACGGUGUUGCGCAGGCGAUCGACUACGAAAAGCUGCUAAAGCAGUUUGGGACGAAGCCCGUGAGCGAGGAGACGCUUGCCCGGUUUACGGCUGUGACGGGACACCAGCCUCAUCACUUUUUGCGCAAGGGGAUGUUCUUCAGUGAGCGUGACUUCGGGCGGAUUUUGGAUCUAUACGAGCAGGGCCGGCCGUUCUUCCUGUACACGGGGCGCGGGCCAUCGAGCGAUUCGAUGCACCUGGGGCACAUGGUUCCGUUUAUCUUCUCCAAAUGGCUGCAGGAGGUGUUUGACGUGCCUAUCGUGAUCGAGCUGACCGACGACGAGAAGUUCCUGUUCAAGCAGAAGCUGCAGAUCGGCGACGUGAAGUCGUUUGCACGUGAGAACUGUAAGGACAUCAUUGCGGUGGGGUUCAAGCCGGAGAACACGUUCAUAUUCUCGGACCUGGACUACAUGGGCGGUGGCUUCUACGAGACGGUGGUGCGCGUAUCCCGGCAAAUCACGGGCUCGACUGCAAAGGCUGUGUUUGGCUUCACCGACUCGGACUGCAUUGGUAAGUUCCACUUUGCGUCGAUCCAGAUAGCGUCUGCGUUCCCAUCGUCGUACCCCGAGGUGCUUGGGCUUCCACCCAAGACGCCGUGUCUGAUCCCGUGCGCAAUCGACCAGGACCCUUACUUCCGUGUGUGCCGGGACGUCGCGGACAAGUUGAAGUUUACCAAGCCUUCGCUGCUCCACUCGAAGUUCUUCCCUGCUCUUCAGGGCUCGACCACGAAGAUGAGUGCGUCCGACGACACAACUGCGAUUUUCAUGACGGACACUCCGAAACAGAUCCAGAAGAAGAUUAACAAAUACGCAUUCAGCGGUGGCCAGGUGUCGAUUGAAGAUCAUCGCAAGUACGGCGGAAACCCAGACGUCGAUGUGGCGUAUCAGUACCUGUCGUUUUUCAAGGACGAUGACGAGUUGCUGAAGAAGUGCUAUGACGACUACAAGAGUGGUGAGCUGCUCUCGGGCGAGAUGAAGAAGCUAUGUAUUGAGACGCUGCAGCAGUUUGUGAAGGAGUUCCAGGAGCGCAGAGCCAAGGUCGACGACGCAACACUGGAUGCUUUCAUGAAGCCUCAUAAAUUGGUCUGGGGACAGCGCGAGCGGAAGGUGCCUCCAAAGCCCAAGACUGAGAAGGCGUAA